GAGCAGCAAUGUCACGAAUCACGUUGACUACCACCACCAGGACAACGAGCUGCACCACAAAACACCAGAAACCACCGUGAUUAUAGCCGACCCUACGGCGGGUAGCAGCAAGCAUGACGCUACCAACCCGGUCGCCAACGACGUCAAAACGAACACUAUAAUCGAACCUUCAACAAAACCAUCCUCCGAAAUGAUUGUGGCCCAACAGAGAAAUGGCAAGGAGGAAGAUGGCACCAGUGUCAUGACGGGGAAUAACCGUUUGAAACAAAACUUCAUGAUGAGUCGAAGUUAUUCCGUUGGGAAUAAGAUGACAGCGCCCUGUUCGCCGGUGUCAAGAAAGCGCGCCAUUUCUGUGACAACACCGAAGAAGACAGUCAAUAAAGAUCGCAACUCAGGCUAUAAUGUUGUAUCCGCAAGACGGGUCAUCUUAGAUGUGGAUCAGAACUCCGACGGGUCGUCGAUCUAUGAGCAAUUUGAAAUAAGCGGGGAUCGCCAUGAUAUGCGGUUUCCAUGGCAGCAUGACGUGCCUGUUCAGUGUGAUCUCGUGGAGACGCGAGAGGUCAGCAUUCAGACGGAUUUUGAACCCUGCAGUCAAUGCCAACUGAGACGUCUCUCCAACCUGUCGGAUAUAAGCGAUUUAGACUCAGCCAGUAACUACGGGACGUAUAUGGGGUUGAAACGAGGCAGUGCAGCCUCGUCAUCGCGCAAGUCCUCCGCAAAGGGCAAGAAACUGCAUCGGCAAAACUUCAGUCUCGAUCUGACCGAUUACCCAGGCUCAUCAAACGGUGGAUUAUUGGUUAACGGUGCAACAGCACCAGGCUCACCGACAGCCCUGUUCAGAAAUCGGUCGUCUCGGCUCUCUGUAUCGCGCCCUCUAUCUGACUCGGAUAUCAGUCGUAGCUCGAUGGACAGCUUCCACGGACACUCAAAGCUUUUCCAAAGACGCAAGGGAACUAUUGAAAAUAUAGCUACAUCUAAAAGUGGAAUAACCUUGACGAUAGAUAGGUGUGAGUCAGAUUCGUUGCCUUGCUCUCCAAUACCAUCACCUCUACCACAGGAAUUAGACAGCUCGUCCUACUUCAGACAGAAGCCCAAGGUUAUAGUCACUCACCAUGACGACCCAGAUGACGUUUCAUUAGGGAGGAGCAGCAGUAAUGGUUCUCAAGAUUCUUCUAGCGACAGUAGUUCCCUACGGGUACCCUCACCGGAAUUCCUGCAGACAAAGGCAAUAUUCACCAAGGAGAGAUCGGUGACUUCGAGCAGUGACGUGGAGGAUGACGAGCCAUCGGCCCGGCCACCAAACUCCAGGAUCCAUCAGCGAAGGGGUGCUGUCAUCUCGCAAGUCCCACCGUCCAGCUCUGAUGUCGCCGACGAUGAUGGCGGUGGCAGCAGUGUCAGCUGUUUACAAGAAACGGGUCCCGGCGGGACUAACUCUCCUCCACACCACGGCGAUUCGCUGUUUCCACCGACAUUAGGAUAUGAACAUAGAUGCAGCAUCAUGAGCACCGCCAGCUCUACUUUAGCAACUGUUGCUGCAGUACAUUUACAAGAUUACAUUGAGGCUAGUGCAACUGCCGGGUUCGACAGCAAUGGGUUCAAUCAAGACGGCAACGAUGGAGCAGAAACCAAAAAGAAACUGCACGCACUCUUCAAGAAAAAAUUUGGAAAGGACAAAGACAAGAGCAUGAUUGACGACAUCACAACAGUUUUUGCAAAUUUUAAAAUCAGAGACCAGGAGGAUUUGGAAUUCGCAACGUACAAAGACAAACAUUGGAGGGAUGUGAUCAUGGAGGUUAAUAAUAACAACAACACAAUGAACCACGUUCCUUACUCACCAUCAGUUGAAGAAAUCAAAAGACGGGACAAAGUCUGGGAGUUAUUUAGAAGCGAGUGUGUCUACUUAAUAGAGCAUAUUCUUGUCUUGAAAAAUGUUUUCCAGGAGCCCCUGCGAGCCAUGCAAUGCGAGGGCCACCUCAUGUACAUAGAACCGGCUAAAAUAUUUGCAAAUUUAGACGAGCUUAGCCAGGUCAGUGCCUCGUUCUGUCGUGACCUUAUCCGCAUGCUGCUAAACAAAGCAAGUAGAACAGAGUUCUGCCAUACGGAUGCAGUUGUAACUGCCUUUGCCAUGUUCGGUAACCGUGUGUGCCCAGCCUACCAGCGCUACUGUAUGAAUUACUCCGGGGCGCUCCACUACAUCGAGACGCUCAAAAAACACGAGGAUUUCACUGAAUUUGUGAAGCUUUGUGAACAAGACACUCGUUGCAAGAGACUCCAACUUGCCGAUCUCUUUGUGGCUCCCAUCCAACACGUUACCAAGUACCCCUUACUUCUGAAGGACAUCCGGGAACGUACGGAAGACCCUACGGAGAGAGCAAGUCUGAACGCCACACUGCAGGCCGUAGAGGUCGCUUUAAAUGAGCUGGACGGCAAGGUGAAAUGGCUCAGCAACUUCGAGAGACUGCGAGAGUUGCAACAAAUGAUCACGUGGCCUCCAGUUGAGGAGAUGGAUUCUAAGGUUGCCAUACCCGAGUUUUUGAAGGACAUGGUUUCCAAAAUGUCAAAGAGCAAUUUGCUGGCAAGUACUAAACGUACGCUACUCAACGAGGGUCCUCUGACCAUGAUAGAUGGAACAAAGUCCUCGGACAUGUACGUCUUUCUCUUCGACGACAUGCUUCUCAUCAGCAAGAUCCGCAAAAACACCAUGAAGAAAAAGUCGAUACCAGACGGCAUGGGGAUCAUGGCCACGCCGCCCGUACCCCGCAAGAAGGACGGGUUCUCCUUCGUCGUAUACAAGCCGCCCAUUCCCCUUGACAGAGUGUCUGUGAUUGAGAUCGAGAGCAAAAGAGCUGCAGCGAGUGGGUUAAAACAUGGGUUUGUUCUGCUACAGAACAGCAGAUAUCAGCAGUUUGUCGGGGCUUACACGUUAACGGCUGCAGACGAGACUAGCAAGCAAACUUGGUUAACCCAUUUGAAAAACGCUCGCGAAAAGUGGAUCCACAUGCUGCGAAGCGACGAAGGGGAUGACUUUGGUAACGAUGACAUCAAAAGAGACCGAAAGAGAACUCUUUGAGGGUACCGAGGGAGGCACCAACGGUGCCAAUGGAAUGAAUGCUGAAAACAAAAUGGCGGUCUACAUGAUGAGUCUGCCUGAUUGAAAGGCGAAUGAUGGCCGUGCGAUUUGGGGCACGCGGCCGGGGUAGACAGUGUAAACUACUGCGCGUUGAUGGUGUUUUAUUCACACAAGUCACCAAUAUGCCACGACACAGCACUAAAACUGCACUUUUUACACUCCGUGGUGUAUCAUUGCGACUACGUUGGGACUUGUGUUUGAAAUAAUGGAUCCUCGUUAUGGUGCAGAAUGAAGAUUUGAAGGGCUGGGGAUUCCUUGAACUGCCAAGUGAAAGUUUGUGAUUUGUUAUUCUCGUCGAGACAAGAGUUCCGAAAAUUUACGUGAGCGCGGUUUGAGCAACAACAGGCCGUUUUUUGUCACGACCUCCGAACACGUUUAUUUUGUGCGCUGAUGACGUCUUCGCCACGCAGUUUUUUGUUUGCAGCUGAUGAAGGCCCUUGAAACAUGAGAGGAAAAUUGAAGGACAUUUUUGCUGUUUCUGAAAACAUUUUCUAUUAGGUAGAAAACACACCUUCCCUGAUACCAAAUUGAUUGAACAGCAAUCAUGGUUAAGCAACGCCCUCUGGUUUAAGUUGUACUGGAAAGGCAACCCACAACUCGCUCUAAUACUUAGUCACAAGCUUGUGGCAAACAAUUUGUACGUGCACACAGUUUAUUUGUUUGCACCCAAAUACCGUUAACACUAUUAUUAUAACUUUAUAAUAAUGAUUAUAAGAUGUUUGCACCUGUUGAUAUGAAAACAAGGCUAGUGUCGUUGGCCAAUCACAACCGUUUCCUGUCUGAAGAGAGGGAUCAGUAAAAUACAUUAAACUUUAAAGUAGGAAAAUUCAAAAUUAAAAAAAAAUAAAAUAAAAAUACCCUUUUCACACUUGUUUGUCUAUAACACAUAAGGAUUUCUUGUUGAUCUUCCGUUGGUUAAACCUUGUUUUGUUGUUAAGCGAUGUCUCCGUUGGUUUUGUACACAGAGGGCGCCCUCAAUGUGACAAAGUCCUCCGUUUCACUGGUCCACACUCUCCCUUUGCCUUAUUAUACUUGUGUCGUGUGGGAGUUGAAACUUAUGUGGGUGGGACGCUUUGUCGCAAAAGAGUACAGAAUUAAAGACUGUAUACUAAUGCAGUUCAUGGUGCUUUAUCAUACGUUGAUGCAAUGGUAAAAUCAAACUAAGCUACUGCUCGUGACCGAUGCCUUUUUUUAUCAAGACUAUUAUUAAUAAAAACUAAAAAUGAAAGAACGUCGGAAUUGAAUGGAACAGUCACACGCACUGGACAUCAUUGGUGAUUACUAAAAUUUAUUGUUAGCAUAAGAACUCGCCCGGAACGAGCAAUGGAGAGAUGAUGAGAUUAAUGGUCUUUGACAAUUA